CUUCACUGAGCAGCUGUGGAGUUUCCUGAAAAACACUUUUGCGGUUACCGGUUAUAAAAUCUGACUUUUGGGGAUUUCACAGGAAUCCGGGAGCUUUGCAGCUCUCGCCUUAUAAGGCAGGGCUGAGCGCGUGCUCCGUGCCUGUCCACGGGCUGCACGAGUGACCUGGAAGACAAACACGCAGAGGCGGAGGACACACACACACACGCACACAGACACACAGCUCUGUCCGCUGCGCUGUUGCGGCUCGCUCACCCACGCAGGCCGAACAUGGAGGCUUCGUUUGCAGGUAAACGGGCUCUGGUCACCGGAGCAGGGAAAGGGAUUGGUAGGGCCACCGCUCUGGCUCUGGCACGCUGCGGGGCAAAGGUCAUAGCGGUCACACGAACACAGGCCGAUCUCAACAGCCUGGUGGAGGAGUGCGCCUCCAUCACCCCGGUGUGUGUGGACCUCACAGACUGGGGGGCCACGGAGCAGGCCCUGCAGGAUGUCGGCCCUGUCGACCUGCUGGUCAAUAACGCUGCCUGCGCCAACCUACAGCCAUUUCUGGAAGUCACACCUGACAAGUUUGAGCAGGCUUUCAGUGUGAAUGUGAAAGCUGUGGUGCAGGUUUCUCAGUUAGUGGCUCGUGGUAUGAAGGCCCGGGGAUCGGGAGGCUCCAUUGUUAACGUGUCCAGCCAGGCAUCGCAGUGCGCCCUCAGAGAGCACGCCGUCUACUGUGCUACCAAAGCAGCUCUGGACAUGCUGAGUAAGGUGAUGGCUUUAGAGCUGGGACCCCAUCAGAUCCGUGUGAACACCGUGAACCCCACAGUGGUGAUGACGGACAUGGGUCGCUUGGGCUGGAGCGAUCCUGAAAAAGCCAAGAGCAUGAAGUCCCGGAUCCCCCUGGGCCGCUUCGCAGAGGUGGAGGAGGUUGUGAACAGCAUUUUAUUCCUGCUGAGUGAAAAGAGCAGCAUGAUUAAUGGAGUCACUCUGCCGGUGGAUGGAGGCUUCCUGGCCUGCUGACCCACAUCAGCCC